UAGGUCGGGCGUAGCCGGCUUAUAAAUACUCAGUGUGAGGAAUGUGCAGAGUUUUUGUGCUCUAGGCAAAAAUUUCCACAUCAGCAAUUCCUCUCUGCCCCUGACAAGAGUGCAUCACCAUGCCAUCUGAUCUGGAAAGGGCUAUGGAAGCCCUGAUCGUGGUGUUCCACCGUUAUGCGGCGAAAGGGGGCAACACCAACACAUUGAGCCGCCAAGAGCUCAGACAGCUCAUGGAGGCAGAACUUCCUAACUUCCUUAAGUCUCAGAAAGACCCUGCCACCAUUGACAAGAUUAUGAAAGAUCUGGACAGCAAUGGGGAUGAACAGGUGGACUUUGAAGAGUUUGUGUCACUUGUUGUCGGUCUAUCCAUUGCCUGCGAACAGUGUUACCAAAUGCACAUUAAAGGAAAGAAGUAAAUGCAAGGGAAGACAAGUGAGCAUUGGAUAUGCUUUUUCUACUGGAUAUUAUUGUAUAAAUAAAUACAACUACAAACCA